AUGCAGAUCUUUGUCAAGACCGUCACGGGCAGGACGAUCACCGUCAAGGUCGAUCCGGGGGACUCCGUCUACGUUGUCAAGGCGAAGAUUCAGGAUCAGCAGCGCCUUAUGUUUGGCACGGAGGAGCUGGAGGAUGGGUUAACUCUGGCUGACUACGACAUUGAGGAUGAAUGCACCCUUCACUUAUCCAAAAAGCUCAGACCCAAAACUAUGCAGAUCUUCAUCAAGACCCUCGGAGGCAAGACGAUCACCGUCAAGGUCGAUCCAGAGGACACCGUCUACGUUGUCAAGGCAAAGAUUUAG